GGAGGACCAGCUGACUGGCCUCUCGGUGAAACUGUCUCGUCGUUUGCUGCACGCCGUUGCUUUGACAGUGUUAUAUCAACCUCCGGGAGAGUGAAGUCGUGUUCUCCCGCCUCGUUUAAUCUCUCUGCUCCGUUGUCCUCCUGAAACUUACACCCGACACUGCCACGCUGUUUCGAGUGCAGGUUUGCGUGCGGAGACUUUCGCGAGGAUUAUUCGCAAUUAAGCGCGCACCGUGGGCCACCGGAAUCUUUCGAGAUCGAGAAGGAAGAACCGGAGCGUCGCGUCUCGAAGGGAAGAAGAGCGAAACGACAGGUCUCGAAGGGAAGAAUCGAAAUUCCCACGAUGCCGCACCAUUAAGGGAGAUAAAACAAGUAACUCGAGCACGCGACUGACACAACGAAGCCUUUAUUGGGACAUUUUACGAACUUGUGCAGCGUGUUGUGAGUGAUAAAGCUUAUCGGCGCGCGGCAACCUGAGACCUCUCGCGUCAGACCGGAUCGGUUUCUUUUUUCUUUGGAAGAAGUUUGGUUUGGUCCUUCCUGGAUAACCGGAAACGGGCAUUAACGAACGAAGGGUGAACAAUGUCGACACUUCAGAACAACCUCCUUUGAAGCUCUCUCACGUUUGCGAAGAUAAUAUUCAUUCGUUGGAGUCAUGCUCCGUUCUCUCGUUCUUCGUCAAAAGGUGAGGUCAGCGUAGAUUAGCUUCGCAGGCUGAAAUGAACAGAAGGUUUCGUCCCUCGUUCACGAGUUCGCGGAAUUCAUUCGUUCUACAUGUACAGACAUUAGUCCUCGCGCAGUGCACGUACACAGGGUCACACGCACACGCGUCGUUUGUCUGGAAUUAACACUUCGACAUGUACGCUUGGAUCAGCUUAGGGAUCGGGCCAGAAAUUCAAAUUCCGUUCAGCGGCCGAGUAGUGAGGACGCGCGCUCGAAGAGCAAAGCCAACUUCGCUCGAAUCGCGACUUUUUCCAAUCAGAUUUCGGCAUUUCGCCCACCGUUGCUUUACGCUAUUUAGUAGACGAGCUGAUGCUUUUCACGUUGUAAAUAAUAUUGGAUCGCUGAAAGCCUUAAACCGAAGAUGGGCAAGCUCCUGAGUCUCCUGGCUCGAGACGAGUCAACCUGUUGCACGCCUCAAAAAUAUGACGUCUUUUUGGAUUUUGAAAACGCACAGCCCUCCGACAUAGAACGGGAGACCUUUGAGGCAGUGCAAAGGGUUCUGAAAAAUUCAGAAUCUAUCUUGGAGGAGAUUCAGUGCUACAAAGGGGCUGGGAAAGAAAUCAGAGAGGCGAUUUCGGCGCCUACGGAAGAGUGUCAGCGGAAAGCCUAUCUGACCGUUGCACCCCUUGUUGCGAAGCUGAAAAGAUUCUAUGAAUUUUCAUUAGAACUCGAGAGAGUGGUGCCGAAGAUCUUGGGUCAGCUGUGUUCAGGUAACCUCUCCCCGACACAGCACCUCGAGACUCAGCAAGCUCUGGUGAAACAACUGGCCGAGAUAUUGGAGUUUGUUUUGAAAUUCGACGAGCACAAAAUGAAGACCCCCGCUAUUCAGAAUGAUUUCAGUUAUUACCGAAGAACGUUGACCAGGGCAUCCCUGACGAGACAGGACAAUGCCGAAAAGGACCUCGUGGUAGGAAAUGAGCUUGCCAACCGAAUGUCCUUAUUUUACGCCCACGCGACACCCAUGCUUCGCGUUCUGAGUCACGCGACCAUUACUUUCUUGAUGGACAACGAAGACGUGGCACGUGAAAAUAUCACGGAGACUCUUGGCACCAUGGCCAAAGUUUGUCUACGCAUGUUAGAAAAUCCCAAUCUACUGGCGCAAUUCCAACGAGAGGAGACGCAACUCUUUGUGCUGAGAGUGAUGGUGGGAUUAGUGAUCCUUUACGAUCACGUUCAUCCCCAAGGUGCCUUUGUUAAGGGUUCGAACGUCGAUGUGAAAGGCUGCGUGAAACUGCUGAAGGAUCAGCCGCCCUGCAAGAGCGAGGGUCUCCUGAACGCUCUUCGUUACACUACUAAGCACCUGAACGAGGAGAACACACCGAAAAACAUCAAGAACCUGCUCGCCGCAUGAUUACCAAAACAGCGCGGCUGCUGUAUCAGAAAUUGAGACAGCUGGUUGCUGAUCUUCUAGAACCUGAACGAGCGAUGCAUCCUUUUCGUAGCGUCACACGGACGCCGAAGAAGAUAACCCUUACGUCUAAACACCAGACGCAAGCAAUCUCCUGUUCCUGAUCGUGGCUGGGUGGUGGACCACAAAAGUGUCUUUCGUACCGAGUCUAAAAGCUGCCCCGAAAAAAAAACUGCCGACUUCUACAAGAGAUAUAUCUUCGACGAAAGCGGAAAGGUAGGGAAACGCGAGAAGGAAGAAACGCGACACGACUGAUCAUCGGAGGAAUUGCUAAUUUUCGUUGCGAUGCUUUAAUCGCCCGCCGCACACGCGCGCACCUAGGAAUUAAUUACGAUAUAUCGCAUACUAUCUUCUUAACACUUUUAUUGCCACUGGUCAUCGCUAUUAUUCUUACCAUUCGUUGCGAGUUUACGAUGCUCGAGCUGUUGGGUUGAGACGUAAGUAAUCAUCGACUUUAUUGCCCUAUACAUUAUUUUACAAACGAGUUUCGUCUAUUGGAAUUAAGUUUGAGGAAUAAGGAUGAUGAAAUAAUAAAACCAUCCUAGUUCUAAAAUUGGGUAAAUGUCAUACCAAAUUUUGUUCACCCUGUCCGAAUGUUUUACGUGUUCCAACUCAUCCGGUAUUGUUACGAAAGCUGUCCAUUUAAAUUCUAUUUUAUUCAACUGGAAUAAAUAGAAUGCAUUGCUAGGUUCAGUUUAAUUUCCGAUGACUCAACCCAAUAUUUACCGUCACCGAAGUAUUACUAUCCCAACCAACGGCGCUUAUCAAUAUUAUUGUCCCGGCGGGGGAGUUAAUUAGAGCAUAUCAGUAGCGUAUUUUAGGGUAAUUUCGAUCGCGGGUUACGGUGAGAGGUUUAAUAACGUUGUAGAUAUUACGAAGAUUUUUAGCUCUUGUUUUCUUUGUUGAACGGUCGUCAUCGGAUUGGAAGGAUGAUCGCGAGUUGUUAGAAGCGUGGGAAUCGGAUAUCGACCAGGAAUCGGAAAUCGAGGGCUGACGGUUACUUCGUUUAGAUUAUUCAAUUUUGCGUCAAGUUUCUUUCAUAACGGAGAACGGAAAACCAAAGAUAUUAUCUAUCGAUGCGCGUCGUUGCUUUUGUUAUGCAUUUAUUAUCAUAGUAUUCUCGGUAAGGAUGUUAUUUAUACCAUCGACGAUGAAAGUUCCUCGGCACUGUAAUUUGGGAAACAUCGUCAGUAAUUCCGCAAUGUCAAAUUUAUACGUGGACGAUAUCUCUCCUCGCGCUGACAUUCGCGCUGUACCUUCCUCUCCUAAGUGCACAUUUAAGGAUUCUAAGCAUACGAGACCUAUUUACAGCAUAGAUUUUCUUGUAUCAAGACUUUUACUAUGUAUUUAUACCCAACGCUAUGAAAUUGUAUUGUACAGGGUGUCCCACUGGAAACAGGGCAUAUGUUUCAUUUUUACAAACGAAGCGAUAUAUUGCGGACAUAUUAAAGAAAUUCUAGGACUACCUUCCUCAGAGUUUUCAAUAAUCGAUCAAUCUUUUACCAUACUCAAAGCAAGAGAUGGAGGUAAAGGACCAAGAAGCUGCCCACUCCAGAAGUCAAGACUGAUAGAAUAAUUAGAGCUGGAAUUGCUAUUGAAACAAUUGAAAGAGAAUCACAGUCCAUUACUGGUCCUCUUGGGCAACGCAUUGUCGACUUGGUACAUCGUUUUGAGUAUUUAAGUGAUUGGAAAACAAACUGAGGGUAGUAAUAAAUUCAUUUACAAUUUUCAUUGACAUUGGAAUAAAGAAGAUAAUUAGGUAAAAUAUUUAGUUUCAUCGUGGGACACCCAGUAUCAUAUAGUUACGGAAAGCUGUCUUGUUCCAUUCAAUUGGAACGACCAGAAUACCUGGUAGAUUUUUCGUUUAAUUUUAAACGACGAUCGAAAUUAUCAGAAACACUGCCGACAAUUAUGUCAAAGUGAAGCUUCCACGAAUGGGUGCGAUCUCACGUUAUACUUUGUAUUCGAACAAUUUUAGAGAAGGAUCAAGACAGCUUUCAAAAAGGUAUUUUUUAUAUAUUAGUUGUAGUUUGAACUUUUUCAGUGAUAUUUAUUAUAACUUUAUUGUUGUUGCUUUCACGUAUAGCCGAUGGAUUUUUUAUCUUUAUUGUAUAAUUACAUAUGCCUUUUGAUACUGUUUUACGAGAAAGGCUGACUGGGCAAACUGUUUUCCUUGAAGUGUAUCGAUUGUUCGUCUUUGACCUAGUAGGUUGUUCAUUUUUUGUUUAAAUUAAUUAAAAUCUUUAAAUAACCUGUUAGUAUUGACAGUUUUUAUUCAUUAAUGUUCACUAUAAUCGCAUGCUUCCCUUAUUUGUCUUCCAUGAUAAUUGGUUGUGGGAUGUGAAUCCAAGAUUAAAUAAGUACAUAUAACGAACUAUAUUUUUCUUUCGAAGUGUGUUUCCAAUUGUUCUUCUUUUAAAACUUCGUUCGAAGACGAUCAAUCGAAGCUCUGGCUUAUUCGUAACAGCAACUUUAUAAUUAAUUAAAGGAUUCCGACGUUCAACGAAUCGUGGGAGACAAAAUGUUACGGAUGCUAUUAUCGAGUUAGAAAAAUUGAGCUCGAAGCUUGCUUCGAUCCAAACCUUCACCAGCAUCGUUCGUACAAAAAAAAAAAAAGAUCAAGAAUCAAUUGCGAAAAUGUUCGUAAACGGUGUCUAUUGUUAAGUAUUGUACGGAUAUCCUGAGAAAUACAACUUCCAAAAUAUAAAACGACGAAUAUUCUGCGUAUAAGCAAGAGAACCUAUGUGUGAUGGAAAAUAUUUCAUACGAAACAGUCUUUUUAUUUACAUACACACACAGACAUACACACAUAAAACAAACUAUAUUGCAUUUGUGUAACGUUAAGCUGCUGCAGAAAUUAAUUUAAUUAUCUUCCUGAUUUGUGAAAAAAUGGAAAACGGAAAUCCUUUCGUUAAAUUGUAAAUAUUUCUUUCGUGUAAAUAUACCUGAUUUACUUGCAACGUUAUCGGAACAGUUUGGGGUAUGUUGAGAAGUUUUGUUACAUCUUAAAUUGAUUCUAUAUAUGCUGGAAUAAUAGUUAUUACGUUGUGUAUAGAUUUCCGAUUUUCAAUGUAUUCAUAUUUCAGUGAAACUUACAUCUAAUAUUUUAAGACUCAAGUGCUACAUUAUAUUACAGACAUUGUUACUUGAAAAUGAAAUUGUAGACGCCCAAAAAGUUAAUAAAAUACAUUAUAUAAACA